AUGUCUGUGAAUGAAAACUCUUCAGUUGAUUCAGACUCAAGUUCUGAUGUUUUCCAUUCCAAUGAACUUGAUGAAUGGGAAGAACGAGUUUAUCAACAAAAUCGUCAAUUUGAUAGCAUCAUCCAAAAUAUGAUCAUAAACAAUCAUAAUCUGAUUGUAGGAAAUCAAAUUCCAACAGCCAACAGGAGAUAUUGUGAUAGGGAACGCGAGUUUGGUGCAGAGCGUUUGAUCAACGACUACUUCAGUGAUAGCCCAACGUAUACUCCAGAAAUCUUCCGGUGGAGUUUUCGCAUGCAGAAAUCGCUAUUCAUUCAAAUAGUGGAAGCUGUUACUGCUAAUGAUGAGUUUUUUCAACAGAGACGAGAUGCCACCGGCAGAGUAGGUCUUUCAUCAUUGCAGAAAUGUACUGGAGCCAUGAGGGUAUUGGCUUAUGGGACAUCUUCCGAUGUUGUCGAUGAGUAUCUACGAAUAAGUUCAUCUUCCACAAGAGAUGAUUUAGUCCAUUUUGUGAAAGGUGUUAUUUCUUGCUUCGGUGGUACGUAUCUCAGAAGGCAUAAUGAACAAGAUUUGGCAAGGCAGCUCUAUGUUGGAGAACAACAUGGUUUCCCAGGCAUGAUUGGCAGUAUUGAUUGCAUGCAUUGGGAGUGA